AGACAGCACGGGUAUAACUUUCAGUGCGUGGUGCAGUAUUUAUCUCAGCAAAGGUUUUAGAAAAUAGAAGACUGGUCAGUUUCUGUUCAGAAUAACAUCACACCUCUCCAGGAGAACCAGCAGCCAAAAUCCAGUCUGAUGAGGCAUAAAGGAACAUCAAAAGGAGAAAUUACCAGCAGCUAAAAUCCAGUCUGAUAAGGCAUACAGGAACGUCAGAAGUGCAGCACAAGAAAGACUUUUACUUCAGUGGCAGUAUCAACUCUACUCUUGAAUCCGAACAUGGCAAACAAUUUCAACCGUGAAGCUAUUCUACGAAAUGAUGAGGAGCUGAGGAUUGUGAUGGUGGGGAAGACUGGAAUUGGGAAGAGUGCCACAGGAAACACCAUACUUGGGCGUAACUGCUUUCAAUCAAAGUUCAGCGCCAAGUCUAUGACUGAUGAGUGCUCUAAGGGCAAUGCUGAAGUGGAUGGACAAAAGGUUGUUGUUAUUGACACCCCAGGUCUCUUUGACACCAGGUGGGCCCAGGAUAAAACACAUAAAGACAUAAUCCAGUGCAUCUCCUAUUCUUCUCCUGGACCCCAUGUCUUCCUGGUUGUCGUCAGGCUGGGCAGAUUCACAGAAGAGGAAAAGCAGUCAGUGCAAAAGAUCCAAGAAAUAUUUGGCCAGGAUGCAGACAAAUACAGCAUGGUUCUCUUUACUCAUGGUGACCUUCUUAAAAACACCACUAUUGAGGAGUUCAUGAAGGGCAGCCGGGACCUGCAGGAACUUGUGGCCAGGUGCAAUGGUCAGUACCAUGUCUUUAAUAAUGAUCUGGAGAAUCACUCGCAGGUCACCGAGCUGCUUAAGAAGAUCAGAACCAUAGUCCAGAAGAACGGAGGAAGCCACUACACCAAUGAAAUGUACCAAGAGGCAGAAAGGAUAAUCAUAGAGGAGAAACAACGCAUCCUGAAAGAAAAAGAGGAGCAAAAAGGCAAAGAGAGAAAAGAACUGGAUAUGAAACUAAAAGCAGAAUAUGAAGAAAAGCUUCGCAAUGCAAUGGAGAAAAUCUGGGCUGAAAGGGAGAAAGAAGAAAAUAGUAAAGUAGAUAUGGAGAGAACAACAGAGUUGAAAAGAGGCAAGGAAAUAAAUGAGGGUACAAAGGGGAGGGAGGACAAGGAAAAGAAAGGGAAGGAGAGUAAGACAGAAGAGAAAAUAAAGAGGGAGAAGGAACAGAAGGAGAAGGAAAUAAAUGGAAAGAAAGACAAAGAGUUGAAGAAAGAACAGGAGAAGAUGUUAGAGGAACACAACAAGCUGGAGGAAAAAAAUCAAACUUUGGCCAGACAAGAAGAAGCUAUUCUACCAAAUGAUGAGGAGCUGAGGAUUGUGAUGGUGGGGAAGACUGGAAUUGGGAAGAGUGCCACAGGAAACACCAUUCUUGGGCGUAACUGCUUUGGAUCAAAGUUCAGCGCCACGUCUAUGACUGAUAUGUGCUCUAAGGGCAAUGCUGAAGUGGAUGGACAACAGGUUGCUGUUAUUGACACUCCAAGUCUCUUUGACACCAGGUGGGCCCAGGAUAAAACACAUAAAGACAUAGGCCAGUGCAUCUCCUUUUCUUCUCCUGGACCCCAUGUCUUCCUGGUUGUCAUCGCGCUGGGCAGAUUCACAGAAGAGGAAAAGCAGACAGUGGAGAAGAUCAGAGAAAUGUUUGGCCAGGAUGCAGACAAAUACAGCAUGGUCCUCUUUACUCAUGGUGACCUUCUUAAAAACACCACUAUUGAGGAGUUCAUGAAGGGGAGCCCAGACCUACAGGAACUUGUGACCAGGUGCAAUGGUCAGUACCAUGUCUUUAAUAAUGAUCUGGAGAAUCACUCGCAGGUCACUGAGCUGCUUAAGAAGAUCAGAACCAUAGUCCAGAAGAACGGAGGAAGCCACUACACCAAUGAAAUGUACCAAGAGGCAGAAAGGGCAAUCAAAGAGGAGAAAGAACGCAACCUGAAAGAGAAAGAGGAGCAAAUACGCAAAGAGAAAGAAGAACUGGAGAGGAAACUACGAGAUGAAUAUGAAGAAAAAAUCAAAAACAUUACAGAGAAAUUACAGGCUGAAAUUGAGGAAGAGAGAAGAGAGAGAAAAAGGGUAGAACAUGAUGUUCUUGAUUUGAAGAGGGAAAUGAAGGAGAUGGAGAUGGAGAUGGCGAUGGAGAUGCUAAAGAUAGAUUUGGACAAGAGAAAGCUGGAUAUAGAGAAGGAGUGGCUAGAGAAAAAAGAGGUGGAGAGGAAAGAGUGUGAGACAAGAAGGGAGGAGGAAAGGAAGGAGAUG